AUGGAAAUAAAUACUGAUCAAUUAGAGGAGUUAGAUAUUCCAAAAAGCAUACAAAUGCAUUUGAAUUUGUCUAUGGAUGAUUUACAUGAAACAGAUUUAGCAUCGCCAAAAUCUUCAAGCAUAACCAAGCCAACUAUAAAUAAUAAUACUAAUCAUAGCAAUGUAACAAUGAAUAUAAAUCCAAAGUUGCAAAAUUUAAAAGAAAAUGAUGCAUCAGAUAAUUCAUUCCAACAUAGAAGAAGUUCUUCAUCCAGCGCAUAUAUAAACACGUCGACAAUUACUACUCAUAGAUCGUCACAGUUGAAUAAAACUCCUUCAUUUUUGGUAACUCAUCCAAAUGUUACCACUACAACAGCAACCACAACAAUAUCGGAUAACAUUUCAAAUGCAAAAAAUGAUGUCAUUACUACAUCAAAUAACAAUGUUCUUACUCAAACAUAUAAUGAUAAUGUUACUGCUUUAAAUUCUCCAAUUUAUAAGUCUAAUCUUAAAUCACAUUCUCAUUCUCAUUUACAAAAUAAUAUAGAUUCAUCUUCAUCUGUUGAAUCUUUGAAUUUAUUAUUAGAAAAACAACAAUUAAGACAAUUGAAUCAUCCAUUACAUAAUGAUCAUUUGACUAGUGCCCAAACUUUACCAAAUUCGGUAAAAAAUUCUCUUCAUUGUAAUUCCAAAUAUAAUAAUAAUUUCAACCAAAAAUAUAAAUCAAAUCCCAUCUUAAUGUCAAAUUUAAAUAAUCAAUAUCAUACUCAUAAUUUAUCAGUUCCAAAUAAUGCUGGUCAUAAUAAUAAUCAAAAUCUUUCAAAUUUAAAUUUACGAGUUACAAUGAGCAAUACAAGUACUAAUUCAAACUCAAAUCCAAAUGUCAAAGAAACGAAUAGAAUAUCUUUAAAAUAUGAUCCUGUAUCCAAAAAAAAGGUUUUAAAUACUUAUGAAAUUAUGGGGGAAAUUGGUAGAGGUCAGCAUGGUAAAGUUAAAUUAGCUAAACAUAUUUUAACAAAUGAAUUAGUGGCUAUUAAAAUUGUUAAUAGAGAUGAUAAGAAAAAAAGAAAAUUUUUCAGUUUUAAAUCAGCUUUUCAAAAAUCAAAUAAUAAGAGUAACUGUACCGAUAAUAAUAAGGCAAAUAAUAAAACAAAUAAUAAUUCAGAUGAUGACAAAAAAUUUGAUAAGAUUAAUCGAGAAAUUGCUAUUAUGAAAAAAUGUCAUCAUAAACAUGUAGUUAAACUAAUAGAAGUCUUGGAUGAUUUAAAAUCAAAAAAAAUUUAUUUAGUAUUGGAAUAUUGUGCAAAGGGCGAAGUAAAAUGGUGUGCUAGCGAUCAAUUGGAAACAGAAGCGAAGGGUCCACCAUUAUUAUCCUUCCAAAGAACUAGAGAAAUAUUUAGGGGUGUCAUCUUAGGUUUGGAAUAUUUGCAUUAUCAGGGAAUUAUACAUAGAGAUAUUAAACCAGCAAACCUUUUGUUAUCAGCAGAUGGUGAUGUUAAAAUUUCAGAUUUCGGUGUUUCAUUGGCUGCAACUAAAGAUGCAAAUGAAGAUGGUAAAGAAGCUUUAGAUGAAUUAGAAUUGGCAAAGACUGUAGGUACUCCUGCAUUUUUUGCUCCAGAAAUUUGUUUGGGUGAUGAAGCUAAAUUGAAAUAUCAAAUGUGUAAAAGUGAAACUUUUAAUGGUACAUGUAUAUCUUUUAUGAUUGAUAUCUGGGCCUUAGGGGUGACUUUAUAUUGUUUGUUAUUCGGUAUGUUGCCAUUCAUAUCUAAUUUUGAAAUGGAAUUAUUUGAGAAAAUAGUAAAUGAUGAAUUAAUUUUCCCAGAUUUUGAUGUCUUAUCUAAAAAUAACGUUUCAGCCAUUUCAAAUCAAAAUGAAUAUGAUAUGGCGAAAGAUUUAUUAUUGAAAUUAUUGACGAAAAAUCCAAUGAAAAGAAUUCAAAUUUCAAAUAUUAAGAGGCACCCUUUUUCAAAUUGGGAUUUUGAUUAUAUUGAAGAUCUAACUAAUAUUAAUUUAAUUAAUGAAAAAAAAACUGAACAAUUCUUAUUUCAAAAAAAUCAGUCAGAUGAAUUAAAACAAAUUUCAAUUUCAAAUCGUGAAGUUAGACAUGCCGUUGGUGGUGUUGGUAAAAAAAUUAAAGAUUCAAUUUUUAAGACUUUACCCUUAAAAUAUAUCUCUUCAUUAAAUAGUGAUCAAAGUAUGGCAAGUGUUGAAACUCAUAUUUUUGAAACUACAAGUACAACUAAUGAAUCAUUAGUUAGAAGAGACCCAAGUAUUUUAUUAAGUGAAGGUUCCGCAAGUGACUCAAGCGAAGCAAAUUCUUAUAGACGUGGCUCAACAACCUCAAACACUGGUCAUUUGUGCUCUGCUUCUUUAUUGAACGACAAAAAUACUGCGUUGUUUUAUAAUAAUCACAGUUCCUCGAAUAAUAAUAAUACUAAUGGUGGUAUCAAUACCAAUAACAUUACUUCGAAAUUGGUAAUGUCUCCAAAAAAUCUACAAUAUCAAUCUCUAAUAAAUAACCAAAAUGACUCCUUAAAUGAUUUGAUAGAAGAAAAUCAUAACACUCGUUUAAUUGAUAAUCAAAUCAUUAAUUGUAAUACUUUCACUAAUGAUAACACGCCUUAUGAUACCCUUAAUCCAAUCAAUAAUGACAAUACCAAUGACACCUUUUACGAUACUAAUGAAAAAAAAUUACAGUAUACCUCUAAUGAUCCAUAUAGAAGUACUAAUAUUAAUGAUAGUACUAAUUAUGAUAAUAGCAAUAAUAUUGGCCUUUAUAGAAAACCUGCUAUAAAUGCUAACUCUACCUUUAAUGACAACCCUCAAUGCGAUAAAAGUACUUUUUGUGCUGAUAACAACAAUAAAUAUCCAAAUUAUAAUCAAACUAAUCAAUAUACUUACGGUAAUGAUGCUAGUUAUUCAAAUAACGACUUUAACGAUUAUAAUGAUGGUACAGGUUAUUCAUACAAUGAUCCUAAUGAUGAUCUAAUUGGCCCUAAUGAGCCAUUCACUAUCGUCACUUUACCAAUUAAUUCUUCUUUUGCUUCUCUAGAUAGUUUCUAUAUUGACAAUUUUGCAAUGACAAAAUUAAGUCAGGAACCAAAUAUGAACAGUGAAAACAUAACACAUUCAGAUCCUGUUUUAUCAAAGAAGAAAGAUCGAAGUUUAAGAAGUAAUAAGGUUCCUAAAUCUACCAGUCCAGUUAAUGUUAAACCCCAAAAAUCAAAUAAGAGUUUGGCCAAUACUAGAAAUUCCAAUCAAUCUGUACCACGUAACCGAUCAAAAACUUCUUAUUCUAACUUGGCGUUUUUAAAUAUGGGUUUAUCCUCAACUACAAAUGAUAGAAUACCAAGAAAUCACCAACAACCCACUAAAAAAGUUUCAAGGAAGAGAUCAAGCGUUGACUUGACUACUGCAAUGUCUAAUUUUAAAAUUAGUUCGGUCUCUCAACCUAAUAAAUCAGAGCAUGCUUCUUCAACUAAUGAAGUAAGUCCAAAUCCAAAUAGUAGAAUUGCAAGUUCAUCACCAAAAUCUUUUCCACGAGAAACGAAGAAUUCUCAAAGUAGUAUCUCCCCAGGAAGUAGUGCGGUUAGCAGUGGAAAUACGGAUAAUUCAUCCAAUUUUAGUGGAGUUUCCAACCCUACUUGUGACAUACGCAAUAGUGAUUUUAGAGUUAAAAAGGGAAACUUCUUUGUGAAUUUUAAUGGUCAAGAUGAGGAAAGUAGUAGUGCUAGCAGUAGUAGUAGUGCUAAUAGUACUGACACAUCCGAUUACUCUGAUAGUGAUGCUUCUUAUUCCUCUUCUCCACUUAAUAGUGAAAUAAACCUUGAUUUUGAAUCAGUACCUGUGCAGUUUAGUAUUGAAUCGGGAAAUGGUAGUGUACUCUCAUUGAGAGAUUUACCAGGAUUAAGUCAAGUCCAGCCUUUUCUUGAUAGUCACUCCAGACCAUUAUCAAGAAAAAGAACCUCAUCAACAGAGGAUGAAUAUGAAGAAUUAGUCCUACAUGCUGGAAGUGCUGGCCGUAAUCGACGUCAAGAACAAGUACCGAAGAAUAAAGCGACUUCCUCUGCUCUGGAUACUAAUGGUGAAUUAAAACCCAAGUCUCAUAUUUUCAUGCCACCUUUUAAUUGUAAAAACAAUACAAGUUCAGCAACAAUUACAAGAUGCUCUACUGAUCAGGAUUCAAUUACAAAAUGCUCAACUGAAAGAGGUUCAGCUGCUGUUGAAUCUUCAAACUUGCAAUUUUAUGCAAACAAGAAUGAUACACUAGAUGCAGCUUUAAAUCCACAGGAUGAUAAUAAUAACAGUUGCUCAAAGUCACGUCCGUUAAGAACAUAUUCGAAUUUUGGGUUAGUGACCAUGAAUAAUAUUACAUCAAAACCUACUACUGAAACCUCUCCUGUUAGUAACAUGGCUGGCAAGAAUACUAACAUCGACAGUAAGGAUUUAAAUUAUAAAAAUUUAUUGAGAAGUGCCUUAAGCAGAUCGACUUCUGAAAAGCAGAGAGACGCAAAGCAUAAUGGUAAACAAUGCCGUAGAAGUAAUUCUACCUCAGUUACAGAUGUGACGGAUGUAAAUCGUAGUAAAAUCCUCGACAAUAUCAGUGGGGAAGGAUCUUCAUCAGAUGAAUCUAUAGAUGAUGUUUUUACAUCUAAUAGAAAAAUGAGAUCACAAUCUGUGACUGUAAGUUCUUUAACGAAGAAUAAAAAGUAA